ACGAUGAACGUCGGACUCCCUAACUUGGCACGUUUUCGGUUUGUCCAAGUCUCCCAAGGCGGUACCCGAAGAGGUUUCCUUUGAUUUCGCAGUGGCGGUCUCUCCACGUGGCUUCCGCAUGGCUCCUACUGCUUUACCUCGUGUUCCCAUAUCGAGUAUACCCCUGGAAAUUGUCCUCUGUAUUCUCCAGCUGGCUCAUUUGAACGACAAUCACGAACCGGAUACUCAACUCCUUGCAUCUUUCUCCCUCACCUGUAGGUCAUGGUCAUUCCAUGCCCAGAAGCUUUUGUUUAGGCGGGUCCGACUGCACUCAGAGGUGGCAUAUGAAUCGUUUGUUUUUGCCGUUGAUCGGUCUACAAUGCGAGGUGUCGCGCUCGGUGAUGCCGUUCAGCAGUUACACGUUGUCUUGGACGACAAUCAGCCUUCUCCACUUGAGCGGGCCUCUUUUGCACGUGCCAUCACCUUGUGCCCAAACCUCUACGGGAUCGACCUCUCUGUCUAUGGUUUCAAUGAACCUGCACGGAAUGGUCAUGUAACAGAACGCGUUCAACGACCCGCGCCGCCGUUUACGGAACACAUCCUUGAUCUGAUCCGUACAGGACCAGCAAUUUCCCACCUGCAUUUCAGCAAUUGGUCUGAUAACGAUGAUUUGAUCGUUCAGCUUCUUGCCGUCUGGCCGUCUUUGAAAUCCUUCUCCAUCGCCGGAAAGACUCCACACCUCUCUCCAGCGCUCAAGCGUCGGCCCUGUUACCCAGGAACACUCGAGAAGCUCAGAAUGAACUGUCAAGUCGAGCCAUCCCUCGACUUCCUCGGAUGGGUCCUUCAUACAUCCGCGGAGGCCAAGAGCCUUCGUGGGAUAGAUCUAGACCGGGAGCCAAGCUUCCACCUCCUGGACUUUCUUGUCGAACAUCAUGGCGAGGAACUGCACGCGUUGUCUCUCCCCUCGUGUACUACUCACAAGCAUGCACAUGCCGUCAUCCGUUGCCGUGGCCUCCGGGAAUUCCGGACGGAAAGAGCAUGGACAUUACCCACCGUUUUCCAACAUUUACCCGAGCAUGUCACACAUCUUGCAUUUGGGAUGGAUCCAUCCACGCCUUUGCAACAUAUUGUCGAACUCGUGAAGACAAAGGAUGAGUUGGAGUCGGUAACUGUGAACGUUUGGCGCGGGGAUUGCGAGCGGCAACUAGGGGCCUUGAAGAUGGCUUGCGCCUUCCGAGGAGUUGAACUGCGGAUAACGAGAGACAUUUGUCUUCACCGCGCGCUGGUGCGCCGUUGACUCAAUCACUUUUGACACAUAGAAUGACCCUAAUUUUGACCAGUCGUUCGGGAAACGGACACCACCCUAGUGUUUUUCAUACGCCUUUUUUCCCCCAAUAGCUGCUUCGCUCGGACACUUGUAGCAUCUGACACAGUAGUUAUUUAUGGCCGC